GCGGGCACAUGUGCUUCACUUUUAAUUAUUCAUAAAGCUGACCAAUUGAGCAGCGUAUGUAAAUAUGUCAGGUUUAAAUGUAUCUGUAGGCUUAUCCCAGACUCAGUGAAUGAACGCUGGACUGGAGCGAGUAGCACGACUGUGAGGAACUGAAGUCCGUUCAAUUAUAUGGAUUCUCUUGCGCUGUUAAAAGAACUUUUAAAAUCCACGCUUUGAUCCCGAGUUGACAUUCUAUAUAGUCGGGGCACCCAGCUGCCAUCCAGCGAGCGGACGGGUUCGUCAUGUCCUCCGCGGGUGAGUCGGAGCAGAGCCGGCGCUGUUGUGUUCUGUCCUGGGAGCAGGUGCAGCGUCUGGACUCCAUCCUGGGAGAAUGUGUGCCGAUCCACGGCCGAGGAAACUUCCCGACACUCUCCGUUCAGCCACGGCUUAUCGUGCAGGUGGUGCGGGCUCGUCUAGAGGAGCGAGGCGUAGUGGUGCGCGAUGUGAAGCUGAAUGGUUCAGCUGCCAGUUAUGUGCUCCACCAGGACACUGGCCUGGGCUACAAAGACUUGGACCUGAUCUUUGGCCUGAGUCUGACUGAUGACAAAACCUUCCGUCUGGUAAAGGACGUGGUCCUGGACAGCCUUCUGGAGUUCCUGCCCGCCGGCGUGAGCCGGGACCGCAUCACCGCCCUGACCCUGAAGGAAGUGUACGUGCAGAAGCUGGUGAAGGUUUGCAAUGACACGGACCGCUGGAGCCUCAUCUCACUUUCCAACAACACUGGCAAAAACGUGGAGCUGAAGUUUGUUGACUCCCUGCGACGGCAGUUUGAGUUUAGCGUGGACUCUUUUCAGAUCGGCUUGGACUCACUGCUGCUUUUCGACCGUUGCUCCGUGACGCCCAUGUCUGAAAGUUUCCAUCCCACUGUGCUCGGAGAGAGCAUGUAUGGAGACUUUGAAGAAGCGCUGGGACACCUACAUGCCAAAAUCAUCGCUACGCACAGUCCGGAAGAGAUCCGUGGAGGGGGCCUCUUGAAAUACUGCCACCUGCUGGUAAGGGGUUUCCGUCCAGCGUCUGAGGCACAGAUGAAGAUGCUCCAGCGCUACAUGUGCUCACGCUUCUUCAUCGACUUCCCAGACAUCCAUGAGCAGCAAAGGAAGCUGGAGGCGUACCUUCAGAACCACUUUAAUGGCAUGGCACACAAGCGGUACGAUUGCCUCGUGACUCUCCAUCGUGUUGUAGAUGAAAGCACCGUGUGUCUUAUGGGCCACGAGCGGAGGCAAACACUCAUGCUAAUUUCCUCUCUGGCGCUACGUGUGCUGGCCGAAAAGAACGCCAUUCCUGCACUGUCUAAUGUUACGUGUUACUACCAACCAGCGCCCUACAUCAGAGACGUCAACUUCAGCAACUAUUAUGUAGCACAUGUGCAUUCGCCCAUUUCCACCUGUAACAACUCAUAUCAGACAUGGCUGCCUUGUAGCUGAGCCAUUAAAGGGCAAAAACACUGCUGGGGAAUAUUUGCAGUUGUUUAGUUAAAACCCUCAGACUUUCCAGGGGAAAUCUCAUUAAAACAUGUCUACGUCAUAAUGCACUUCAGAAAAAAAGAAAGUAUAUUUUGCAUAAAGAAAUGUUCAUUUCACAAUUGUGAUUUUCGUUGUAUCUUCUCAUUGUGUAUUCUUCUUGUUUUUGCAAUUAAAAUUAAAGUAUUUGUUUAUUUAAAUUGGCAAAAAUUCAGGACAAUACAACAAAUACUACAUAUUUUAGAGAAUUAAAUAAUAAUAAUAAUAAUGGUCUUACAAGCAUGCUUAAUCUUCUUUGUACAAAAUAUAAUUUUUCUUUUAUUUAUUUUUUUCCUUUUGGGCUGAAAUAUGACCCAGACAUGUUUUUUUUUUAAAUGCAUCAUUUGAUUUACCAUUUAAUUUUACCAUUUUGUUCUUUUGUGCCAAAUUGGAUAGAGACCAGAAGUGAAAUAUUGUGUCUUGGAUGCCACUAAUCCACCCAGUUAUAUUGAACUCUAUACUGGAAUACUCGAAAUGAUUCUGAUUUCUCUCAAAAACUCUUUGUGAGGAUUUUGUCCAGUGCAGAUGAAAUGAUAAAAAUGAACACUGGGUGGAAGGUGGGAAAAUGUCUAAAGCACUUUUCUGCUCUAUGUAUGUGUAACUCAUUCAUGGUUUAUAAGUGAAAUGUUUUUAAGUUAUGAAA